CGUAUAAAAGGAGGCAGUUUUUGGUGGACGGUAUCACUGCUCAGUGAACCAUCCAGCAGAAAUAUAGAUUGUCAUCGAAAUAAUUGAAUAAUCAACCCUCGAGUGAAAAAUGGUGUCUGCACGAUUUGUUUCUGCAAUUCUUCUUAUCGUUAUCAUCGCCACCUUGAGUGUCGAUGCUGCUUACAGAAAACCUCCCUUCAAUGGAAGUAUUUUCGGCAAGCGAUCCAGCACUGGAACGGAUUACGAAGUAAUCAACCGAGCUCUCAGCAACAUGUGCGAACUGGCCAGUGAAACCUGCAAUGCCUGGAUGAUGCACCAGGACUCCAACUAAAGAUGACUUAUCGACUUCUCUCCCGAAUUCACCGAUGAUGCAACAAUUAUCAUAAAGUUCCUACGUUACCGAAUCUCGAUAAUAAUUCAAGGGAAUCCCCUCGAUUUCAUUCUUCGAGACUUUGAUAAUUUUUCUACGAUUGUUGUCAUGAUUCCGCUGAUCGUUGGUAAAAGAUAAUCCUGUGAGCAAUUAAAUGUUAAUCCAUGGAGCUGCAUUCAAGCAUAUGUGUGUAUUAUAUUAUUAUAACGUAGAUAUUUUGCGUUGGCUUUAGAUUCAGAGACGAAAUGCUAAUUAUGUAGAAAUGGAAUUUUAAUAAAAU